AUUAUUUCAGAGAAGAACCGUAGGGAGAUCUCCAAGUACCUCUUUCAAGAGGGGGUUUGUUAUGCCAAGAAGGACUACAAUUUGGCCAAGCACCCAGAAAUCGAUGUGCCCAAUUUGCAGGUUAUUAAGCUAAUGCAGAGCUUCAAGUCCAAGGAAUAUGUCCGCGAGACAUUUGCUUGGAUGCAUUACUACUGGUACCUUACCAAUGAUGGCAUUGAGUUCCUCAGGACUUACCUUAACCUUCCUUCUGAAAUUGUCCCUGCUACCUUGAAGAAACAAGCCAAGCCUGCUGGCAGGCCCUUUGGCGGACCACCCGGGGAUCGCCCACGGGGUCCACCUCGUUUCGAGGGAGGUGAGAGGAGGUUUGGUGACCGUGAUGGCUACCGUGGAGGUCCUCGUGGACCUGCUGGUGAAUUUGGCGGUGACAAGGGAGGAGCUCCAGCAGAUUACAGGCCUUCUUUUGGGGGUCCUGGUGGAAGACCGGGUUUUGGCCGUGGAGCUGGUAGCUAUGGCGGAGGAGCUGGAGCAAGCUCAAAUCUUCCUUGAAAAAUAUGGUCUUACGAGCAGUUUAAUGAAUUUUCAGUGGAAUGAGCUAGCAGUUUGAUUAAGAGUUUGUUAGCCUUUUUUCCUUUCAUUUAGCAUAUGGGGAUGUUACAAAUUUAAAUUUUGUUCCUCUCUUUGUACGGUUAAUUACUAUUUGUUUGGUAUGAGCAAGAAUGUGAUUUUAUUGUUUUUGAAGAUCGACUGCCUUAGUAAUGAGGAAACAAACAUCUUAAGCAAAUUAUUAUAUUUAUGAUUAAAUUGUUUUCUGUA